GGGCGUAUAAUUCCCCCCCUUUUUUAUUAUUUUUUUUUUUUUUAUUAUUUUAUUUGUAUAAAUUCAAUUCUUUUUGUUCCCUCUCUUUUUUCUUCUUUUUUAUACUUUAUUAAAAAAAUGACCAAUAACCACCACAGCAGACGCACCAAGCAUGAGACGGCUCCUUUUCAAAUCCAGUCAACGACGUCGCAAUCAUGCAGAUACGAUUCAUCACUUGGCUUAUUGACCAAGAAAUUCAUUGCAUUACUUCGCUCCAGUGCCCAUGGUGAUUUAGACCUAAACAGAGCUGCCACGCAACUUAAAGUACAAAAGAGACGUAUAUACGAUAUCACCAAUGUACUUGAAGGCAUACGUCUAAUUGAGAAAAACUCCAAGAACCAUGUGCGCUGGAUCGGGAAUGCUGCAUCUACAAGUAACAAUACAUCAACAAAUGAUCUUGAACAACGGCUUGCAUAUCUAAAGAAACAUAACCAGACAUUAGAGAAAGAGAAAGAACAGCUCAAUCAAUUCAAACAGCAAGUGGAUGAUGAGAUCGAAAGAGUGCUAAAGAAUCACUCUUCCUAUUGCUACUUGACACUAGAUGAUAUUGCCCAAUUUGAAGUGGUCAUGGCAGCUCAGCAGGAGUCCCUCGUGGUCGUAAAUGCGCCUUAUGAUACUGAAAUCGAGGUGCAUAAUAACACGAGUCACGAUUCUUCUUCUUCUUCUUCAAUAUACCCCUACCCUUCCAUGACUAAAAAGACUAGCAAAUCUGAAAAGACCAAAUGCUAUAUAAGGGUACCUGAUAAUUCAAAUCAACCAUUACGUAUUGUUUCUUUACGCCAAAAAAAAAGAGAUUAGGAUUCCUUCUUUUUUUCCUGGUGAAAAUAAGCCCCCCCCCCCUUUUUUUUUAUUUCUCUCCUUUUUUUAUACAUAAAAAGUUGAUUUCCUUAAUUACACUCACGG